UGAUGGACUGAGUUGCAGAUAAGACAAAAAAAUCUUCACGGCGAAAGCGACACAGAGCCGAUAAUUCAAAAAUCGGAUGAUGUGAAAACACCGAUCGCAGAGAUCUGACUGGGCCGAGCGGGCUGAAGUGAAGAAGCAGGACUUUUCUUCUUGCUUCUUGUUACUCACGCUGGCCAUCAGAUGACCAAGUUCUGAAAAGUCGAUCCGCGCUGUCUUUGCGGGGUUUCAGCUCCAGACUUCGAAAUAAGUAACAUCAUGGCUGUCUUGUCCUCCUCCUCCAAUCUCCUGCUCCUUCUCCUGAUGUCCUCCCUGGAUUGGCUGUCCACUCCAGGAUUUGCGUUGCUCAUGGGCCACCAGCGUGUGACGUCACCAGCUCCUCUUGAACCUCAUAUCACAGAGUGCAUAUCGAGGGACCAGGCGACAUUCCAAUGUUGGUGGAGUCAAGGCAACUACCACAACCUGUCCUCCCCUGGAGCGCUCAGACUCUUCUACAUUAAAAAAGACUCGCCCACCAGUGAAUGGAAAGAGUGUCCAGAGUAUGUUCAUUCAAAUCGGAUGUGCUUCUUCGAUGUCACACACACGUCCGUUUGGAUCGCCUACUGCAUGCAACUUCGCAGCCAAGAAAACAUCACCUAUUUCAAUGAAGAAGACUGUUUUACUGUGGAGAAUAUCGUACGUCCUGACCCACCAGUGUCUCUCAACUGGACCCUGCUCAGUAUAAGUCUCUCCGGGCUAAACUAUGAUGUCAUGGUCAACUGGGAGCCACCGCCCUCUGCAGACGUCGGGGCAGGCUGGAUGCGCAUUGAGUACGAGAUCCAGUACAGAGCGAGAAAUACCACAAAAUGGGAAGCAUUGGAGAUGCAGCCGCAAACCCAGCAGACAAUCUUUGGUCUGCACAUAGGAAAAGAGUACGAAGUGCACAUCCGCUGCAGGAUGCAGGCCUUCACGAAGUUUGGAGAGUUCAGCGACUCCAUCUUCAUUCAUGUGACGGAAGUUCCCAACAAAGACUCUACUUUCCCGCUAACCUUGGUUCUCGCUUUUGUGGGGAUUGUGGGCAUCCUCAUACUCAUCAUGCUCAUUGUCGUCUCUCAGCAGCACAGAUUGAUGGUGAUUCUGUUGCCACCGGUUCCUGCACCCAAAAUUAAAGGCAUCGAUCCAGAGAUGCUAAAGAAAGGGAAGCUGAACGAGCUGAAUUUUAUCCCGAGUGGUGGUAUGGGAGGCAUGCCCACUUAUGCAGCCGAUUUCUACCAAGACGAGCCAUGGGUAGAGUUCAUCGAGGUGGAUGCUGAGGAUGCAGACACUGGGGAGAAGGAGGAAAACCAGGGCUCAGACACCCAGAGGCUUCUGGACCUGCCCCAACCCGUCAGCCACCACAUGAACAUUGGGUUCUCCAAUGCCGUCAGCUACCCUGAUGAUGACUCAGGCCGGGCCAGCUGUUACGACCCAGAUCUGCCCGACCAAGACACCCUAAUGCUGAUGGCCACCCUGCUGCCUGGCCAACCCGAGGACCGCGAAGCCUCCCUUGAUGUCGUGAAAAAAGGCCCGGCUCCAGAGAGAGGCGAGAGGCCCCUCGUCCAGACCCAAACCGGAGGGCCCCAGACUUGGGUCAACACAGACUUUUAUGCCCAAGUCAGCAAUGUGAUGCCCUCCGGGGGCGUUGUGCUGUCUCCUGGCCAGCAACUCAGGAUCCAGGAGAGCACCUCGGGCGCAGAGGAGGAGACCCAAAAGAAGGGAAAAGAGCACAAAGGCGACGAGGACAGUGAGGAAGACAAGGUGAAAGAGCUGCAGUUUCAGCUGCUGGUAGUGGAUCCCGAAGGAGGCAGCUACACCACAGAGAGCAACGCCCGGCAGAUCGGCACUCCCCCCAGCUCCACCAUACCUGGUGAGGGUUAUCAAACCAUACACCCUCAGCCAGCGGAGACCAAACCUGCAGCCACAGCGGAGGACAACCAAUCCCCUUACAUUCUCCCUGACUCCCCCCAAUCCCAGUUAUUUGCCCCAGUUGCAGACUACACAGUGGUACAGGAGGUGGACAGUCAGCACAGUCUGCUCCUCAACCCGCCUCCCCGCCAGUCUCCCCCUCCCUGCCUGCCACAGCACCCGCUCAAAGCCCUACCUGCCAUGCCAGUGGGGUACAUCACCCCAGACCUGCUGGGGAACCUGUCUCCGUGAAAAUGACAAUGCCAUUUGGCCUUUUUUAAGUGUAAGAAUGAUUGACUAGGACAUCCCCUGCAGUCACAAGAGCCUGUUUCUACCUGAUUCCUGCUGGAAACCAAAUAACUCGCAGCCCACAGUGUGGAUGUUUGAGUACAGGUGUUUGUUUUCAAAGGGUGCUGAAAGAGAGACGGGAAAAACUACCAAGCUGUGGACUCUUUUGCAUCCGCUACGUCAAUUAAUUUGGUGCAAGAGCAAACACCCACAAACCAAAUUCACACUUUGCUCCAUUUCUUUGACACACGCAGAUAAAAGGCCGAGAUUGUGAUUGUAACAAGUCAAAAAAGCGUUCGCUCACUGGAUCGCAUUACACCUCUGGCUAAUAAUGUAAAGAGCAAUGGCAUUGUUGAAGUCUUAAAUCUUACAGACAGAUGUCAGUAUGUGAUUUAUCAGGAGGAGACAAGCACAUUCUAGCCAUGUUUUUUCGCACCGCACCGAGAAGAAGCCGCCGUUGAUACCUCUUGCUGGCAGAGAUGCUUCGCCGCUCAAUUGUGGCUUAUUUUGUAUUAUUGUCUCGUCGUGUCAUCUUGUCAGUAGUUAAAGGAGAAUUCCGCCCUAAAAUACGGUCGAAAUACUAUGCAGUUUAACCUUGCAUUCCUGGCUUCAUUUUGUUUAAUGGUGUUCAUGUUUUCAUGACAACGUGGCCAAAUUUAGAUUAUAUGAUGUCAAGAUAUUUUUUCUCUAUUUUUCUACAGUCACAAUAGAGUUUAAUAGGAGAAAUACUUUCAACAACUAAAAAAAAGAGAUGAUUGAGAGAUGAGUCACUGGGACAAAACUAUUUAAUCUAUUUCCUUCCUUGGGGGAUAUUUAAUGAAGGAAAUCACUAUUUUAGGUAGAAGUAGAGGUGACAAAUAAAAGGGAAAAUGCAUUGAAUAUAACAGACUGAUUAUACAUGUCCCAGCAUGGAAUCACUCAUUCCAUUUUAUUCUGCAAGAACAUAUCCCUUACAGUGCUGAAUAGUCAUACUUAAAGAUGAAUUUUACAGAUUCAUUCACCGCUCAGUGCAAACAGUGCUGCAGUACACCGAGCACCACCAAGUGCCUUGCUCGAGGGCCCAUUGAUACAGUUAUUAAUUAGAAGGGAAGAGACACAGACACGCCUGUUGUUGCAUUUCAUCCUGUGACAGCAGCCACCUCUAAAAACCAGCAGCCACUCAUAGACACUUGAUUGAAACCUCAAUGAGGGAGCUCUCUCCCUGGGAGUUGUAUUCUUCUCAUGUUGCAUCGCUAUUGCAGGGACAGCAACUGGAACAAGUUGGAAAGACUGUGAAAGUAUGUAAUAGCUGAAGUAAGCUAACAUUUUUAUACGUAUUAUCUGCCGAGUACACGGCUUAACAACCUGUGCCUAUUGAUAGUGUUAUUAGUUUGCCAUUUAUGUGCUAUGGCGUGCUUACGUUAUUAGGAAUUUUGCAUUUAUGCAUUAUUGUACUAUGUGUAGGUGAAUUGGUGUAAAGUCUCUACCAAACUAAAAACCUGCACAUGCACUAACACAGCACACACACACACACACUACAUAAAAACAUUUGCCUUAGUCAUAAACACGAUGAGCUGAAUUCUGUCAAAGCCAAUAGUUUUAUGGGUUAAAGGCGGUUAAACCAUAAUUUGCUAAUUUGCGUUCACGCUCGUAAAACUGACCACAAUUUUUCAAACCAGAAAUGUUGGUCAGGGCUGGUGUUGACAGACUUUGAGUUCCAAGUUCUGGAUUGAUAGAGAGACAACUACAUAGAUAGAGAGUUUGUAUUUUUGCCAGAAAACCUUAAUAUGUGUGUAAUUAUGUAUCGAUUACUUUGCCCCCUCAUACCUUUCUUAGAACAACCAAAAUUAAGGACAAAAACGUGGGCAGAAUCUGUUGCUUAAUCAAUUAUUUAGUCACAUUAGAUUGUAGUGUAAGCUGCCCUUGGUUCAUUGACAAUGCAAGCAUUUUUUAUAAUAGCCUGUGUAGGUGAGUGGGGUAGCAGGGAUCACACCUUUUGUCAAGGUUCUCCUCGUAUACGUUGUCAUUCUCAUCAUAAAGACUUUGACAUUAUGCCAACGACAAACACAGCAGCAUAGCAUAAUGUACACAACAAGCUAUCAAAGCUUCGGCUUAUAAAGGUUUCCUGAUGGUUUUGUGAUGGAACAAAUGCAACGAAUUUCCAUUACGGCAAAUCUAUGAAUGAAUUGGAAGGAUUGUUUUUGAAUAACAUCAAGGCAGCCUCCAAAUGAGCACAUCACAUCGCAACAAAACAUACUUGCCUUUGAAUCAUGUCGCCCUGGAUUCAUCCUUGAGAUAAGCUGGAUAAGCAGAUAGAAUAGGUAUUUUGUAUCGGACAAUCCCAUGAUGAAGAGAGACAAAGCAAGAGCAAUCAAAUUACUUUAUUUUUAUUUUUUUUAUACUGUGAAUGUUAUAGAUAUGUGCCAAUUCUCACUUUUUGUCCCUCUGUCUGUGUUCUGUUGUUGCUGCCUUGUGCUGAUGAUACCAGCAAGUCAAAGCUGUUGCAGAAAUGUCUUAAUAUAUUCACUAGUGCUGUAAAAUUACAAGUAUAUAUAUAUAUAUAUAUAUAUACAUAUAUGUGUGUGUAUAUAUAUAUAUAUAUUUUUACGUCAUUAUUGUUACUAAUCCCAAUAUAUUGCUGCUCGGUACAUGUAUUUUUCUUGCAUUUAGCCUUACUGCGGUUGGGAUGGGGUGAUUCAAGAGAAUGCAACGAGAAAGAGAAUCACUGUGUCGUGUGGACGUUUGCAGAUAACAAACUGCAAAUUGGAUGAUGCUGAUAUCUGAAAAUGGCCUGCUGCCCGGGAGAAAUGGGGAGGUAUGAUUUGGUUCAGCUAUCUGUUCCAUUAUCAGUAGCAACAGUAGGACAGUUUUGCCCCAAAGUCAAGAUGUAAUACAGUCCAGCCUAAAGAUGUUCAUCCAACUUUCAGUAUCUACACCCAUCGAGAGAUCCUAACUAGGCUCUCAGUGUACAUGAAGGACGAUCAGAUAAUGGUAAAAAAGAAAUAAGCACCACUAAGGUUGGGUUUCAGUUGUACAGUGGUGAUUGUGAAUGUGUGCAAACUGGAAUAUGCAACGUAAUCACGACAUUGAGGAAAAUUUGUAAAAACAAGAAAAAGUUAAAUCACUGAAAGCGUUUUUUGUAAAGGUUACAGAGAGGAAGAGAAAUGGGGAGGUUUUUUUUUUUUUUUUUUUUCAAGCUUACUGUACAGGUGUUUACUACAUUGUGUCUGCGAAGGUUUUUGCCAGUACGCAAUGAGCUCUUUGUUAACCUAGUGUAAUAGUUUGCAAUUGUUAUUUCAAGCUUAUAAAUGUUACAGACACUUUAGAGCAAGCACUUUGUACACACACACACACACAUAUAUAUACAUAUAUGAUGUUAAAAAUAGUAUUCAGAUUUUGUAUGACUUACCUGUUUUUUUAAAACAGCAUUAUGUUUUUAUUCAGCACAAUAAUCAGACAAUGAGGAACCUUCGAUAAGCUUUGUGUCCAACACAGUUAAUGGGACAUAUUUUACACUACCAGAUUGAUUGAAUGAUGUACUGUAAUGGAGUAUUUAAUGUUUGCUAUAAGAUUUAUGGAUACGUAGAGCAGAUAGAUAUAGUAUUUUAUGAAGUCAUAUCAAAAUAUAGGAAACAGUGAAAUAGUUACAUUGUAAAGUUACACUAUUGCAGUUGUCUGACUCUGUGAUUUAUGCAUUUCAUUAUUAUCAAAGUGCAUUUGAAGGGGCUACAGUGUUCUAUUUUGGCCUCCAAACUUUUUUUUUUUUUUUUUUUUUUUUUUUUUUGAAGGUUGGUUUUUGUCACUCUGUGAAAGCCUGGAAGAAAUCUUGAGUGCUGGAAUUUGUGCUGGUUGUUGAGCGUUGGGCCAGACAUUUUUCAGGUUGUUGGUGAAAUAGUUUAAUUGUUGACUUGAGUGCAGCGGCUGGCUUUUUUAAUGACAAUGUUCAGUGGCUCCUCUCUGUGAUUCUACCCGUGUGUUAUUUAUUGGUGUGCUUAGAGCCCUCAGAUCACCCCACCACCUCAUCCGACCACAGCGGAUGGGGCGCCGUGAGUAAUGUGUGCGCUGUUAUUCUCCGACGUGUGUCAUCCAGGCUCGUUAAACUGGAAAUAUUCUCCUUGUCAGAGUUUGGAAACAGCUGCAUUGCGGUGGCAAGUGUGGGAAAACUCAACACCAUAAUUUAUCAGCUUGGAUCGGCUUCAUUAAUUGCCUCAUAGUUCCAGACCCCGUUGACCUUGGAGCCACUGUCCUUGUCUGUUGCCUGCGGUUUAUCUCGAGACCGAGAACUGUGUUGAUCUUUGAUGAUUUAUAUUCUCUAUUGUUACCCGUUGAGCCUUUCUGGUGUUGUAUGUGUGAUCAAUGAGCUUUCAACAAGUUACACAAUAAAUGUAUAUACAGCAUCUUA